UGGUCCCUUGUACUCUGUAAGAAGGUUUGGGUCGGGUAGUUACUACAGAUCAAUUUCUUUACUUCCCUGAUAAAUAAAUUUCUUUACUCCCCUGAAAAAUCAAUUUCUUUACUCUAGUAUAAAUUGUACAUCAUCGAUGAUACGGAGUAUUUGUGAUCUUUGGACAUGUGCUGCCACGUUGAGAUUAAUUAAUCCUUUUUUAGAGGGAUGUUAUCGAGGUUAAUCAUCAAUGUUGCUGCUGAUAGCUCCUCUUGGCUUCAUUAAUUCUGAUUGAUUGAUUGAUCCUGAAUUAAAAAAAAGCAGCAUUGGAGCAUAUUAUAACCGUAGAGCUUAAACAAGAAGAUAUGGCGCCAAGCAAGCAAGCAACCAACCAGCGGUUGGAGGGAGGGAGUCAGUGGAGUCGACGACCGGUCACUUACUCACUUCAUCGGAUUAAGAAGAAGCAGCGCAAAUAAUCAUGCAUCACCAGCUCAGUAUACAUAUCUUGAUUCUUCACGACACAGCCAAAACAGUUCUCGCCAACCGUACCGCGGCUAUGGCUGCGACAACCAAGCCGCUCCUCCACCAGGAGCCGGAGGAGCGCCAGCAUCGUUCCGCGGCAAACUCUGCCUGUAGACUCGCCGUCGCUUCGGCCGUUCUGAUAGUGCUGUUGAUGGCAGCCUUUGGCCAUCUCCGCACAAGGCUAUUCCUCUCGCUGCCAGAUCCAGUCGAGGUCGAGCUGAUCCUUGUCGCCGGCGCCACGGAGAAGGGAGCAGUGUGCUUGGACGGAACCCCAGCAGGCUACCACCUGCAGAGAGGCUCCGGCUCCGGCUCAAACAACUGGCUCAUCCAUCUAGAGGGAGCAGGCUGGUGCGGCACAAUCAAGGAAUGUUCCGAUCGCAAAAUGUCGAUGUUUGGUUCAUCUAACUUCAUGAAACCAAUACCGUUUGCUGGUGCUGGGAUCCUUGACAACGAUCAGCAACUGAAUCCUGAUUUUUACAACUGGAACAAAGUCUAUGUACGGAAUUGCGAUGGGGCGUCAUUUUCUGGGGAUGCGGAAGGUCAAGCACAGGACGGAACCACCCUUUACUUCAAAGGAUUGCACAUCUAUGAAGCGGUUAUUGAUGAACUCAUGGAAAAAGGACUCACCAAUGCUACAAAGGCCCUCCUUACAGGCUGUUCUGCUGGUGGUUUAGCCACGAUGUUGCAUUGCGAUGAUUUUAGUGCAAGGUUUCCUCGGGAGGUUUCAGUUAAAUGCCUUGCAGACGCUGGGUUUUUUCUUGACGUAAUGGAUAUAUCAGGGGAAAGGUCCUUUCGCUCUUACUAUGAUGGACUUCUUCACCUCCAGAAUGUUCAAAAAGUGUUACCCAAGGACUGUCUUGCCAAAAAGGACCCAACUGAGUGUUUUCUCUCUGUAGAGCUUAUUAAGAGCAUCAACACCCCUAUGUUUAUUCUCAACUCUGGAUAUGAUUCAUGGCAGAUACGAAAUGUUCUUGUACCAGAUCCAUCAGAUCCUGAUAAGUCGUGGUUGAGUUGCAAGGAUGACAUGAGUAACUGCAAUUCCACACAAGUUGAAGUGUUUGAUGGAUUCAUGGACACGAUGGUGGAUGCUUUGAAGGUUGUUGAAGACAAGGAGGACUGGGGAUUGUUCAUCGAUUCAUGCUUCACUCACUGUCAAUCCAUAUUUGGCCUCUCUUGGAAUUCAGCAAUCUCCCCAAGGCUAGGAAAUAAGACCAUAGCAGAGGUUGUUGGAGAUUGGUACCAUGGAAGGAGCCAAGGAGUAAAAGAGAUUGACUGCGAGUAUCCAUGCAACCCAACAUGCAACAGUUUGUUGCCGACAUGAUUUGUUACUACAUUGGACUAUGUCAAGAAUUAAUAUACAAAGAUUCGACAAAGACGAAAUUAACGCAGAACCAUCAUGAUGUAUUGUCCAUCAAAGUGAGAGAAAUUAUAAUCUCCUAGAAUGAAAAUAAGUAUGGGCAGGCGAAUGAAAAUGCAUCGAGUCAUAGUGUUCACCGAGUUUAAAAUUAAAUGCUGGAUAAUGUUUUGUUAUGGUUAUACAUGUUCAAGAAUUGCUAAUGUUUGUAAGUGUGCAUAACAUACACACACAAUAGUUCUCUUACAAAAUUGCAAAUAUGUACAAGGAAGAGGUGCAAGCCUGUCUAGGAGUUUUGCACGACCACACACUAAUCCUCGAAAGAACGACU